UAUAUAUAUACACACCUCAACUUACUUGUUUCUGUACAUGUGAAUGAAAAAGAAUGGUGUGAAUGGCAUUUUAACAACACUUUAUAAUGUCUUAAUAAAUACUAAUCUUGUUAAAUCACAUGGAGACAUAAUCCAGGUAGUAGAUAACACUUUAAGUGGUUGUUGAGACGUUACAAUUGUUUUUUUGUAACGUCAUUCCCCGAACAGUUCCCUUCUCCUGAGUGGGACACAGUGACUCCAGAAGCCAAAGACCUGAUCAACAAGAUGCUCACCAUUAAUCCAGCCAAGAGAGUGACCGCCACUGAUGCACUCAAACACCCCUGGAUCUGUCAACGCUCCACGGUGGCCUCCAUGAUGCACAGACAGGAAACUGUGGAGUGCCUGAAGAAAUUUAACGCGAGAAGGAAACUCAAGGGUGCUAUCCUGACUACUAUGCUGGCCACUCGCAACUUCUCAGGUAGGACUGAACCAAUGAAGACUGAUGUCCUGCUAGUCCUUUCUAAAAUAUUGGUCUCUUACAAGACCGUGCUACAUGCUGUCCUGCUAGGCCCUGCUGACACCUCCUUAACUCUGUCUUUAUGUUUUUAUGUAUUGUUUAAAUGCUGCUAUUCUGAGGGCAGCAAAUCAGCUCUUUCAGUUGCUAUCAACAGAGACCGAGAGACCAGACAGAUCGAUGCAGUCCCAUCUUCAGGUCCCUCUAAAGGGCAAGAUGUUCAAACCGAGUGGAACAGUAUUGAUGUUUCUCUGUAUGACAAAUGAGUCAAGAUUACAUUUGCUUUACUCAAGUCCAUGUUUUUUGUACGUUCAGUUGGCCGUGUUAUGACAGUGACCAUAGUGUUAACUUUUGUCUUUUUCUUCCUUCCCCUGUGUGGUAACUCAUGUAAGGUAAGACCUCUUUUUCACAGUGAGGUUUGGUACUGAUGCAUGUUUACUAAAGCACCAGUAUUGGGCUCUCAGCUGACAUGAGGCAUCCAUUGGUGGAUAUUGAAGGAAAAGUAAACAUUUUAUGUAUCAAAAUUCCAAAAUGUCUAAAUUGCUUAUGGAAAAAGCAGAAGGUGGUGGACAAUAAAAGCAUACUACUCAGUAUGGAUUUUGGUAGGUUGUGCAAUUAGCUUCUAUUGACACAAUACCCUUUUAUGAAUAUAGGCCCAAAUCUAUAUAUUUUAUUGCUAUAGAACCACGAUUUGUAUAUUUUAUAAGACAAAAGUUAACUUUUACUUAUAAUUAAUAAUAGUAAAUAUGACUUAUCAUUUCUAUCUUAUUAUUAGUCAUGUGUAUUUAAUAAUGUAUUUGUGUAUAUUCAUGUAGUGAAGCUGUAUAGAAUAUUAUACACAUAAUAAUUAUAAUUAGUGAUAUGAAUAAUCAUUUGAAUAUGUAAAUACUAAUGCUACAAUAAUGAUACAGUAUUACAGAUGUAUACAUGUAACACCUGUAUAAUAAUGUGUUUAUAUAUUUGUACACAUUAUUUAAAGGUGUAUAUAUAUACUAAGACUAGUUUGUUAAAUGUAUUUAAUUAUUAGUUAUGUACAGUACCAGGGAUCCUUCUGUCUAACCGCUGGUACAGUGUCUAUAAUGUCUGGGACAGUGGGUGAUUUUUAGUACCUUGUAUUAUGAAUUGAACACUUCGUUUGAGUCAUAACUAUGGUAAAACAAAUGUUCCUAAAAUAUGGCUGCUAAAGGGCCAUUCCCUCGUGUUAAUAAACACCUCUGACUGUAAGAGGAUGCAUGGAACCACCGUGCAGCUCUCCCUGCCGACACUAAUCAUCUGCUUGUGUCUCAGACUGAUAUUGCUUGUUAACUGAAAAGCUGGUGGUUUUAAACAAAACCGAAAGAAACGCAUGAUUUUAGCUCCCUCCUUACAUGUCAUGGAGGUUUCUGUAGCAUCUUCAUGUUGAGUGAAAGUCUGCAGAGAAAGAGAAAGAGAAGCUAAACAGCUCAGACGGAUCUGAUUGAAAGUUCCAGGCUAAUGAUUCACAAAGUUGAUUUGCAUUUUUCUCUUCCGCUUUCAAUCUUAGCAGGGCCCACUUUCAGGUUGCUAGUAAUUGGCCAGCUUUUAAUAUACUGUGUGUGUGUGUGUGUGUGUGUGUGUGUGUGUGUGUGUGUGUGUGUUUACAUGUUAAUUCUAGCUGGACACUGAUUUCCUUGCAUUGUUAUCUUUUUCUCAACAGCAGCCAAGAGCCUGCUGAACAAAAAAGCGGAUGGCGUCAAAGUAAGUUCCGCUCCCCUCUCAGUCUUCACUCUGCUCUGUUUUCAUUCCUUUAACAGGAACAUCACACACAGCAGGUUGUUCUUUGAAUACUGUAGCAUUGUAGUCAAUGAACUGCUCUGGUAAAAAUAGGAGUACAUUUAUCUUGGCCAAAUGGGUGUGACACACUUUUCCCAAUAAUUGUCCCUCUGCACUGUCGAUCUGUGUGAGAGAAGCAAUGACAUCUGCUGCCUGAGCAGAGGAAGCUGUUGGAAACUAAUAACCGACGAUUAAAUGAUGAGUAAAGGGUGGGGGAUUGACUUCAUCUCUCUGCCAUUCUCCACUCAGCUGUCAUAUGAUGAAAAUCCUCCAUUGACACCACCAAGGAAAGUGUGUGUGUGUGUGUGUGU